AAUAGCCAGAAGUAUAUCAUCAUCAUCAUCAUCAUCAGCCAGAAGUAUGUUGGAAUACCCUGAACUCAAUCCAACCUCCUACCAGGGAAAAGGGCUUAAUUAAAACAAAAAAGCAACAGUGAAUCUUAACAGCAUACCAGUUUGUUCUCUGGAUUUAUUAGUAAGUUGCUUAGCUAUUCCUGGAUUAACUUAAGUAAAUUAAUUGGUGCAGAAACAUGAUUCGUUGACCGUAUGUUCCUUUCCUCGCAUUGCUUCCUAAUUUUAGAGGUUUCAUGUUGCAGAAAGUGCUUGAACAGUCAACACGUGGGUAUUCUGUAGUUAUAAAAGUUUGACCAGUCGCUCAGGGUGGAGUUUCAGACCCUGCUUUUGAACAUUCCCCUGAAGCCAGCUGUCGAGCGAACUGCUUGUCCUCGUGCCAGAACCGUCCUGUUGGGGUCUGGACAGCCAUUGUGAGGACAGCUUGUAUUUCAGCUCCUGUGAACCAGCUGAAGGUGGCCAGAAUGGAUCAUCGUGAGACCACCUUGGAGGCAGACAAAAUCCACCAGAACCGCCUGCCCAGCAUCACGGACGAUGAUGAGGAACAAGACGCGGCGUUUACAAUUGUCAGGGUCCUGGACAAGGUGGCCACCAUUGUGGACAGCGUGCAGGCCAGCCAGAAACGCAUUGAAGAGAGACACCGGGAAAUGGAGGAUGCCAUCAAGACCAUACAGAUCGACCUGCUGAAGCUGGCCCAGGCUCACGGCAACACUGGCUACACUGUGAACAAGCUGUUGCAGAAAACCCGCAAAGUUAGUGCUCGCGUGAAAGAAGUGAGGGCGCGCGUGGAAAAGCAGAGCUCCAAUGUGAGGAAAGUGGAAGCCAAGCAAGAGGAAAUGCUGCGGAAAAACAAGUUUCGCGUUGUCAUUUACCAGGAGGAUGUUCCAUGUCCGUCAUCUUUAUCAGUUAUCAAAGACAGGACACAAGGGGAACAUCCAGAGGAUGCCUUCUGUCUACCUGAUGACCUCUCCUCUGAUGAAGAAUAUUACAUGGAGGAAAGCAAAGCAUCCCGAUUUAAGAAGUCUGGCAUGAAACGCAUUGACAACAUAAGAAAGGCAUUUUCCCGGGAGAACAUUCAGAAGACGAGGCAAAAUUUUGGCAAGAAGGUGGACAGACUUCGAACUAGGAUAGUGACACCAGAGAGGAGAGAGCGGAUCAGGCAGUCGGGGGAGAGGCUCAGACAAUCCGGAAUCAGGUUCAAGAAAACAAUAUCCAAGGCAGCCCCGACCAAAGAGACCUUCAAGAAGAAGAAAACCAAAGAGCCAGCGGCAACUGAAGACGAAGGAAGAGUCCAGGAGGCCGGCGCUGAUAUGGCCGUGGACAGCAGAGAGGCUGAACCUGUCACAGAGGAGAUUUCUUACACUGAAGUGAUAACCAAAGUGAAGAAAGACAGAGGUGGGAACUCCAAGGCCCCGUUGCAGGCAGAGGAGAAGAAAGUGAUUACUCCAGAAAAAAUCAUGCUCAGACCAGAAGUCAAAGAAGAUGAAGAUGUUCUUCUGUUGGAUUUAAAACCAUCUGCUUAAGAAGGCAAAGAAGUCUAAUUACGAUGUCACCUUGGUAGGGAAGGAGUCUCUGGUCCUAUAACUUGGGUAGAUACAGACUGUGGUUUCCAAAGGUCCUUCAGGUAAUUCCUUCCAUGUUGAUUUACCCCUCCUUCUAGGAGCCUUUGUGUGAGUUUGGACAUACAGUUGCUAAUCUGGAGUGUCUGCUGGCCUGUUGUGUCUGUCAACUCAUGUUGAUUAAGAAAUGUACCCCACAUUCCCCUGGGCCUGUGAUUUACAUGGAAAGUUGAUAAUGGUGGCAGUCUGACUGCCAUUAUUAGUCUUCUUACUGAGGAACCUUUCAUAAACUCCUCCAGUGCCCAGAAACAGGAGUAUGGAAGCCACUGGUUUAGAGGAAUGUGUGUUGAUUGAUGUCCCGUUUUUUGAGAAAAAGUAUAUCUAUUGUUUUUGUUUAUGGGCAACAGAUUCUUUUUCCCCUCAUCACUUAAUGUUGCACCAGUCAAAAUAAAGAUCUCCUCAGAUGUACAGGCAUAAAUGCCAUUGACAGGUAUUACAUGUUAGCAUCAAAAAGAGGUAAAAUCUCAUAUUUUCAUAGAAUCAUGAAGUUGGAAGAGACUCCCAAGGGCCAUCCAGUCCAACCCCUGGCAAUGCAGGAUUGCAUAAUUUUAAUGACAAUCCCUCAAUAGUCUUUCUUCUAUGGUACUUUAUGCACCAACAGAGGAAAUCUCGUUAAAUGACUUGUUAGUCAUCUCUUCUACUGUGGGAGAGGGAGUGAAAUGAACUGAUCCACAGGUGCCUUUGCGUGACUUUAUCUGGAAGAUUCUGAUUAACUAUUUGGUUACUUUUAAAAUGUUCUUUAUCUCUGGCAGACCUUGUUCUGCAGAAGUUCCAGCAAAGUGAAUAGAUUCUGAGAAGACAUUUGUUAAGCAGGGAGGAGUCUGCUGUCUGUUGCCAGGACCAAGAGUGGAGAGUCUGUAGGGAUUGUAGACAGAGGGUUUGUUGAAGUUAGCAAAAUGCACGUUUUUUCCCAAAGCAGAAGGGCAGUAGAAGACAGAUGCUGGAAGAAACUUAUCAUUCGAAAGCUGGUGAAAAUAGCUGUUUACAUAGCUAUCCUAAAGAGAGUUAUGGAUUUCCAAUUCCAUUGACUGGUUCGGCAUAACUCUACUUUAGAUGCCAUUGUUAAGGUUCCAUUUCCAAGCGAAAAAGCUCAGUGGAAAAAUUCGUUCAUGCAGGUUUUUAGGGGCUAUAUGCUGCAGUCAGCCCCUGUGGGACAGCAUGCCUGGCUUCGUGGGUUUCCUAGGGCUGACUGAGAUAGAGGGGUGGGUGGGUGUUGUCAUGUUAUUUGCUUAGGAAACCUGUAAGGAGUGCAAGGGACGCUGAGUGCUCAGGAAAAAAACAGUCUGAUCAACAGUCUGUUUGGUCUGCCAAAUUCCCCCAUAGCUAGUACAUUCAAGAGCAGCACGUCCAUCAGUGAAAACUGCCUCCUGUCACAAACCCUCUACCUGCUGCUGUUGGGUUGGGGGCUGUUGGGCUCAGUAAAAUAAGGAAUUAAUUAAGGUUUUUUUUUUCCAAAGGCAACACUUUGCCCAGGAAAUCACUCAUUCAAAGGCCACUUUCAUUUCUUGUAGUUGCAGUGCCUAUAUUCAGAACUAGUUCUACUCUACCAUGUUAUGAUUGACAUCAAGUAAAAAUCUGUGCCUAAGACAUGUACAUUAAACACAUGUGCACUUGGCUCCAUAGUGUGUAUAACUAAUUCUGCUUUUGCUAGCCGGGUCAAAGGGGGGGGGGGGGGUUGGCUCCUAUCGAGAACUUCCGUGCGGGCCACCACCUCUGCACAGCCAGAAGUGCUAAAAACAAAUGUCAGAAGCUGCAUCUGGAUGCACAGUUGGGUUGUUUGAUUGGGUCAGUCCUGCAGAGAACCACCACAGUGCUCUGUGCAUCAUCCUUUUUUCUCACACUUUGCUGGAUCUGACCCAGAGAGUGAUGGCGGAUGCUGUGGCCUAUGUGCCCCUGGACUGUAGGGAUCUUAGCAAGCCUGAAGAUUCAUUAGGAACUUCCACUCACAGAGCAAAUAUAUCUUUUCAGCCAUAGGGGCACGAAACUUGCCUUUAAAAGAAAGAAAGCGUUUAGCCUGCUGGAUGCUGUGCCCCAUACACAUGUAUGCUUCCUCCAUGCUUGUGAGGAGGGCCAGCCAGCCAUGACUCUAGAACCCAUAAUCCCAUCUGCCCUAUCAGCUUGUGGCUACAGGACCCAAGGAGCAGUGGUGAUGGCGAGUGAGUAACACGACCCACUGUGAUGUGACAAUCUCCAAGUGGAUUAAUGCUUCCAGAUUGGGAUGAGUGACUUCACUGCAAUGGAAGGCACAGGGACAGACUGUAUAAGGGAGAAAACUGUCAUCUGUACUGUAAGAAUAUUGCCACACACACACUCAACAGAAAUGGUACCAAAUGAAAAUAAUGCACAGCUAUGUGAGAUGGAAUUCAUGGAUAGCUUACUUUGCAAGCUAUGCUGACAUGUAGAUUCUGUGCCCAUCUUAGGUUUCAUGAAGGGUUUAAAACGGUUUUAGUUUGUGAUCUUAUUUAUCUGGUACUCUGUGCUGCAUGAUUGAUUGUUUUUCAUGUGCUUAUACAUAGGGAUUAGCUUCUAAAAUAAAAUAAGACCUGAAUUAAAA